AUUUAUGACAGGCAACUGUGACGUCACAGGAAUGGUGGUCUGGUGUAGCGAAAGGAGCGACAUGACACUGUUAGAAACUAAUGUGCAGAAGAAACCGUUGUACGACGCAAUUGAAGCCUUGCACUGAUGGACAGCAGAAAGCGUCAUGAUAAAAGAUAUUGAAUCAAGAGAGAGAGUUCAAGAUGACACAUGGUGUGAAGGGGCACAAAAUGAUGAAGAGGAGGAGGAUGAGGAGGCCAGCCCUAUUAGAUCCAGUUUCUCAGUCGAGGAUUUGCUCGAUGAGGUGGAGAAGAUCAGCAGUGUUGCCAGUAGCGGCAAAAAGGUGGAGAUUGUAGUGAGACUGUGGAAAAAUGGCUUCACAGUAAAUGAUGAAGAUUUACGUAGUUACUCUCUGGAGGAAAACCAAGAAUUCUUGGAGGCCAUUAAAAGAGGGGAGCUGCCGCUGGAACUAGAAGGAAGAGCCGAAGAUGAAGAACUAGAAGUCAAUAUGGAGGACAUGAAAGAUGAAGUUUAUGUCCCAAAGAAAAAGGCCUUCCACCCGUUUACUGGCAGAGGUUACAGACUAGGAAGUGUGGCCCCACGAGUGGUUGCAAGGUCUCGCUCAAUACACGAGGACUGUUCUGGUCCUCAUCUCCCAGCAGUGGAGCUGAAUGAGGACCUUCCUGUCACCUCUCUUCAGAUCUGGCUGGCUGAUGGUCGCCGUCUCGUACAGAGGUUUAAUUUAUCCCAUCGGAUCAGCGAUGUGCAAGAUUUUGUGGAGCAGGCCCAGAGAACGAACGCUCCGUUCAUCCUGACUACAUCCCUGCCGUUCCGCGAGCUGAGAGAUGAGGGCCAGAGUUUGGAGGAAGCCGACCUAUCAAAUGCUGUCAUCGUUCAAAGGCCAAUCAACUCACAAGCACCGUUUGGUCACUCCUGACUGUUUCUGUUUGCACCAGAGACUCAAAUCUAUUGGUUUAAUCUUACCUAUGGGCAACAUUACUAGAAAGGCUUCUGUGUUUCUCCUUGUAGUUGGGUGAUUCUUCAAUAUGGGGAACUUUUCUGUCCCUCGGGAUGAUUUUAAAUGAAAAAAAAAAUAAUGCAUAAAUUCAUUUUUUUUAUAUAUAUAGUUUAUAAUGGUUUUAAACAUUAUUGUGCCUCUUUAAUCACUUUAAAGGCAGGUUCAGGGUUCAAUACAAGAUAAGCUGAAUCUACAGCUUUUGUAGCAUAAUGUUGAUUACCACCGAAAAUAAUUUCGACUCGUCCCUCAUUUAUAAAGAAAAAGAAAUCAGGAUAGCAGGAAGGCACUUGCAAUGUAACUGAAUGGGUCCAGUCCAUAAACAUUAAAGUACGCAUUGUUUGAAAAGUAUAGCCACAAGACCUACACAUUAUAUAAUCACUUACAGGGUUCACCGGCAUUGCGUUGUCAUGGCAACGAAGUUGCAAUAUUGUAUAUAAUUUAACCCUGAUAAGGUUAGUAAGCAAUUUUGAAUUAAUUAAUUAAAAAUGUAAUACAUUUUAUAACGUAUAAUGUUUACGUCUUGUGGCUAUACUUCUGAAACUGUGUUUAUUUUAAUUUUUAUGAACUGGCCCCAUUGUCUUCCAUUAUGCCUUACUGUAACCACAUUUAUUUAUUUAUUUUGUAUUCUUUUUUUUCUCAAAAUUAUUUUUUGUGGAAAUCAACAUUAUGCCACAAAUGCUGUUGUUAGAGCUUAACUUGUCAUAAACCCGGGAAUAUUCCUUUAACAUACAUUUAUAAAAUGCUUUAAAACCAGGGAAAUCUUACUUUGCACUUUUUCUUAAGAACUUAAGUAUCUCUGUCCCACAAUUUUUUCCCCCCAGAAAAGUUUAUGUCCAGAAUUUUAAUUUAGAAAAAAAUCUCUUUCUUUUUCUUUUUAAUUUUAUAAAUUCAAAUUUAAAUGACUGAAAUUCAACAUCUGUGUUACCAAGUCCAGGGCUUUUUCUCCAAAAAGUAAAAAAAAUAAAAUAAAAAAAUAAUGUAUUACCAUCACACAUCAUUAUACAGUAUAUAUGUACAUACUAUAUAUAUAUAUAUAUAUAUAUAUAUAUAUAUAUAUAUAUAUAAUGUCAUUUUCAUGCAUUGAAGAUGAUUUCAAGCAGUCAAAAGUGCCCUUAUUUAAAGAAUCACCCAAUUAUGUCCCAAAUUGAUCGUUCAUUUAUCUGAUUAAAAAAUGUCUGGGUUCUUUGGACAAGACUAUGACUUUAUAAAUGGCCACUCAACACUUUACAAGUGUUAUAUAGUCAUAUAGCUUUAACACUUGAUUCUGUCAUAGUGGUUGAAGGAAGAAAGUUUCUUUGAUUGUCCUGUCAUAUUAUUUCACAGCUGGAUACCUUGGCCUUUUCUGAUGUAAUACACUAUAUGCACAAGCCAAGUCUAUAACCUUCACGACUAUAAAUGUUUACAUAUAGAUCAGUAAAGAAAUUAGUAAUAUAAUUUUGUGUUUUGUGUUGUACACUAAUGGAACAUUCAUUUGUAGUUUAUACUGUUAUGUCAUGUUGAGGACUGUUAAGUUAUAAAGGUCAAAUGUUUUAUGCACUUUGCCUUUGAGGCUCUUUUGUUGAUGACCACUUGCAAUAAACCUAUACAGAAGA